AUGGCUUUGAUUUUGUCUUCCUCUGGAAUGCCAGACCGCUUUGUACGAGCAACCAACAAGUUCAAACUUCUUAUGAAAAUGACGACCUGGCCGGCAACUCGUUCACGGAGGCAGCAAAAGGCGGAAGGAGGUCACUCAUAUCUGAUGGAACUGCCAACCGAGCUAUUACUGGAAAUUAUUUCCCACUUGACUCUGAUUCCAGAAGCCGCCCUUGCCUUAACCUGCAAGCGCAUGUUCGCCAUCUCUGGCGACAUUCUAUCUUCAAAAUCAUUACGAUUUACUCGUGACUUUGCGCCCCUCUUUCACCAUUACCGUAACGGCCACAACUUUGUUACUCCACGAUGGCAGUUUAUGACCUUGCUGGAGGAUUCUCGUUGGAGACUGUGCUCCAAAUGCUUGAAAUUGCACCCUCGAUCCGCCUUCUCAUCCAGGGAACUAAGGCACAAGCCCGAUAAUCGCACAUGUAACUUGGGAGAGUUAGCAGGCAUUGUCGAUCUAUGUCCAUGCAAGAAACUGACAUUCCGCGACAAAUUGGACCUUGCGGAUAACUUGCGAAUACGAAAUGCCACGCUAGAUGCUCUGGGAACCGAAUAUGGAAGUACAGCCUCAACCCGAUACUGUUGGCACACAUGCACUGAGGAUUAUGGUCCAACGGAGCUUAAAGUGUCACUUUUCCCUGAGCUCAAUGAGGAGGAUGAAUUAGUCAUGCGCACAGAGUACCAACUCACUACCGAAUCGGGCCAGGUGGGCAAGGAGGAAUACAUGACCCCUCGCUUCGGCUGCGCUCACCGAUCUGUCGAUCUCUGGCUCUCCAGUGUCUAUCAGUCAACCAUAUGCCGACUCUUCGACACAUUAUGCACCUCCUGUCGACGGAUCUCGGUUUGCGCCAGCUGCAAUACCACCCUGAGGUGUUCUCGAAAACAUCCAUUUCAAACGGAAACAUCGGGCAAUGUGACGUAUUACUUCUAUACUCAAAGGUCCCUGGGAGGUACUGCAUCGGAGCCUGAUUCUGCCUGGGCUGCUCAGAGAAUCCAUCCAGCCGAACAAUCCAUAAGCGUGGAGAAUUGCAAUGAGCUCUGUCCCUGGACGGUGCGAGAACAUCCCCCUCUCACUUACACGCCAAGUAUAAGUGAAGAAGUCCUAUCGCCAGCCACAGAUGAGCAUCCCAUGGACUCAUUGUAUUCGUCAAUUCGCAUGUUAUGA